GAACCCUCAAAUGCAGCAGUGAACACAACACAGAGGAAGAGAGAGAGAGUUAAGCUGGGCUCAGGGAGGACUAGGAGAGCAGCAGAGGCGACCGCUUGUUGUUGCUGCUGCGUUUGCGUUUCUAGGGUGUAAGCACGGGCCAUCUUUCCGGUGGGAGCUUUGAAUGCCAAUCUUCACCACCAUAGUAGUACUAUCUCAUUAUCUCUCCCUCUGAGUCCUCUCUCGAUCCGGUUCGGCUUGCUCGGGUUCGCGCAACGGAAAGGCGAGAUUUUUGAGGGGAUGAAGUAGUUGCCAUUCUGAUAUCCUUCUCUAUCUAUCCGCUUCGACGAGCCGCGAUCUCUGGGAGGAAUCUUGAGAAGCCUAUGCAAUUGCUGGUUCUUCAUCAACCUUCGCAAGUUUUUUGGUUCCGUUUGUAGAUAUUAGCUAACCAUAGAUCAAUUAUAGUUUAGCCAUCUUAUAAACAAGCUGUUGUGAGAAUUUGACUUCAGAUGGGCCAAGGAGUUGCGGCUAUUCCUGGCCUUGGGUCUCUUGGAGGCGUUUCCUGCGACAAAUUCCUUUUCUCCUUUGCGAAAUUCUACUUCAACAUGUGGUUUCUACUGAUCCAGGCAUCCAAAGUUGGAAUUUGAUCACUUGUGAGGUAGCUUCUCUUCGCUUUCGUGGUUUGCCAGAAUGGAGAGAGAGAAUUCAUGGCUGAGGAGAACCAAGUUCUCCCACACCGUGUACACAAGGUUGGAUCACCAACGGGCGCCUAUUGCUCCCCUUGGCAGGGAUGUGGAGCAGAAACUGCAGAGAUUUAUUAGUAUGGGGAAGUCUGUGUCGAUGCCUGUUAACCGGGACGAGGAUGCAGUGGCUGCGUUCAAGCACUCUGUGAGCUUGCCAACAGCCCGCUCCUCGCUUCAGAUUGAUAAGGAAAAGGCCAACAAGCAGAAGGCAGAUUUUGAUAUCCCUUCAAGCCCUCCGGUGAACUCUGUUAAUUCGAAGGGCCUGAAGGCAAGGAGCCUGGUCAAGAGCCCAAGCUCAGCGAUGCUUCUCAGCUACUUGAACAAGGCACACCCGAAUCGAGAUUCAAACCUCAAGAAGACUGACAGACCUCAGCACAAGCUGAGAUCAAAGUCCCCUCUUCCGAAUGUAGCGCCUUCUGAUGUGUUCAGAGAAGCACGUGCAAGUAGCAGGAGGUUUACAAGCCCUCCCCCAAAGCGAAGGGGAUCUGAAAGAAGCAUUUACGGCAAAUCGUUUGAUAGACAACUGUCUGAUAUGAGCCAAAGCCCUGAUUUGUGUUCAACCCCAGUGUCCUCUGAUAAGCACAAGUCUCUAAAGGAUAGCUCAUGGACUAGGAGAUAUUUUGAUAAUGGUGGAAGGAGGAGGGUUAGUGCAGUGGACGCUACUGAAGUUCGGAGGAACCGCGGGGUUAGUAUGGCUCAGGCAGUUCAAACUACAGUUGAUUGGACACUUGAUCCAUCUAAGCUGCUCGUGGGGCAUAAGUUUGCAUCUGGGGCAUAUAGCCGGCUCUACAAAGGACUCUAUGAUGAUAAACCAGUUGCCAUUAAAUUUAUUCGGCAACCUGAUGAUGACGACAAUGGGAAGAUGGCUGCAAAACUUGAAAAACAGUAUAACAGUGAGGUCAAUGCUCUAUCUCACCUCUAUCACAAGAAUGUGAUCAAGCUAGUAGCAGCCUAUAAAUGCCCACCAGUUUUUUACAUAAUUACUGAGUUCCUCCCUGGAGGUUCCCUGAGGUCAUAUCUAAAUAGCACAGAGCAUCACCCCAUCCCUCUGGAGAAGAUCAUAUCCAUUGCUCUCGAUGUUGCCUGUGGGUUGGAGUACAUUCACUCUCAAGGGGUCGUGCACCGUGACAUUAAGCCAGAGAACAUUCUCUUUGAUGAGAACUUCUGUGUAAAGAUUGCUGAUUUUGGGAUUGCCUGUGAGGAGUCAAUGUGUGAUGUGCUGGUGGAAGACGAAGGCACUUACCGGUGGAUGGCCCCCGAGAUGAUCAAGCGUAAGGCAUACAACCGGAAGGUCGACGUCUAUAGCUUUGGACUACUCCUAUGGGAAAUGAUCUCUGGAAGAAUUCCUUUCGAUGACUUAACCCCUCUCCAGGCGGCUUAUGCUGUUGCAACUAGGCAUGCGCGACCAGUAAUUCCUCCAGAAUGUCCAAUGGCUCUGAGACCGUUGAUCGAACAGUGUUGCUCAUUGCAGCCCGAAAAGAGGCCUGAUUUCUGGCAGAUUGUUAAAAUCCUGGAGGAAUUUCAUUCUGUUCUCUCCCAAGGUGGCUGCCUCGACUCACUGAAGAGCAGCAACAGCCAGGAUCAGAAAAAGCGACUUCUGCAUUGGAUUCAAAAGCUGAAACCCUCACAUAGCACCUGAGUUCCUGUAGUCUCUAGCAUCCUUUCUGCCAGAUGUUUUUAUCCGGUUCUGUAUGCUCAGUAGCUUAGCAUAAGAUUUUCAUUUUUGUUCAGAAAAGGUGAACCUGUGUUCUAGGAUGCUUGGACAUGUUUAUCAGGUGAAUUGCAAGUAGGUUUACAGUACCUGUAUAUUGUGCUA